GUUGUGGAAAAGAAAAAAGUCAGCCAGCAGUGUUCAAUACGGAGACCCAGCACUCAGACAGCAGCGUUCAGGUCUUCAUCGCUAGAGUUCUUCACUUUUGUAAGUUAUUUACUCUCGAGACCUGCUUACAGGACUGAUGAGACACACUAAACAAGUUUAAAGUUGGUGAAUCGGACGAAAGUUGCUGCCUUAAACUCGGGAAGAUGAGUUUUUGCAAGACCUGGUGUGUUACACUCCUGCUGCCUCUGCUGAUAUCAGGCCAGUAUCAAGGGGACAACGGCAUAGUUGUCCCGGAGCAUGGAUUUUGUCAGCCAAUUUCAAUCCCUCUGUGCACGGACAUAGCCUACAACCAAACCAUCAUGCCAAACUUAGUGGGCCAUUACAACCAGGAGGACGCAGGGCUCGAGGUGCACCAGUUCUACCCACUUGUAAAGGUACAGUGCUCUCCGGAGCUGAAAUUUUUCCUGUGCUCCAUGUAUGCGCCUGUGUGCACAGUGUUGGAGAAGGCCAUUCCUCCCUGCAGGUCAAUCUGUGAGCGAGCCAAGCAGGGCUGCGAGGCACUCAUGAACAAGUUCGGCUUUCAGUGGCCGGACCGCCUGCGCUGCGAGAACUUCCCUGUGCUGGGAGACGGACAGAUCUGUGUGGGCCAAAACGACUCCUCCGCCGCCACCGUCCCACCCAUCAUACCUCAUGGGACCGAGGACCUCUCUAUGGUCCCCGCACAGGGCAGGUUUUUCCGAUGCCCGUCUGUUCUGAAAGUACCACCAUAUCUGAAUUAUAAGUUCCUAGAGGAAAAGGACUGUGCAGCUCCCUGUGAGCCCCAUAGGAGGGGUGGGAACUUGUUUUUUACUGAAAAAGAGAUUCAUUUCUCCCGUAUAUGGAUUCUGGUCUGGUCUGUGCUUUGUUGUGCAUCUACAUUAUUCACAGUGACCACCUAUUUAGUUGACAUGCAGCGGUUCAGAUACCCUGAGCGACCCAUCAUCUUCCUAUCCGGCUGCUACACUAUGGUCUCCAUUGCCUACAUAGCUGGCUACUUCCUGGGAGACAAAGUGGUGUGCAAUGACAGCUUCACUCCAGAUAGCUACAAAACCAUCGUCCAAGGCACCAAAAAGGAAGGUUGCACCAUCCUCUUCAUGAUGCUCUACUUCUUCAGCAUGGCCAGCUCCAUCUGGUGGGUCAUCCUGUCUCUCACCUGGUUCCUGGCAGCAGGUAUGAAGUGGGGUCAUGAGGCUAUUGAGGCCAACUCGCAGUACUUUCACCUGGCAGCCUGGGCAGUGCCAGCCGUCAAGACCAUCAGCAUCCUGGCCAUCGGGCAGAUUGAGGGUGAUGUGCUCAGUGGCGUCUGCUACGUCAGCCUCAGCAGCCUGGACCCUCUGCGAGGCUUCGUGUUGGCCCCUCUCUUCAUUUACCUCUUCAUCGGUACCUCUUUCUUGCUGGCCGGCUUUGUGUCGCUUUUCCGAAUCCGCACCAUCAUGAAGCACGAUGGCACCAAGACAGAGAAGCUGGAGCGGCUGAUGGUGAGGAUCGGGGUGUUCAGCGUGCUCUACACAGUCCCUGCCACCAUUGUUAUUGCCUGCGUCUUCUACGAGCAGGCCUUCCGCCCCCACUGGGAGCGCAGCUGGGUCAGCCAUAACUGCAUGGGCAUGGCCAUCCCCUGCCCCCAGCACACUGUGCCCCGUAUGACUCCAGACUUCACUGUCUACAUGAUCAAAUACCUGAUGACACUGAUAGUGGGUAUCACUUCUGGUUUCUGGAUCUGGUCUGGAAAGACUCUACACUCCUGGCACAAGUUUUACACAAGACUGACAAAUGGCAAACACGGAGAGACCACUGUGUAGAGUAAAGGGACAUCUAAAUGUUGCUGGGACUUCUGUGUGUGUUAUUACCUGUUGCUCAUGUGAGUGAGAGGUAAGUAGCACAGUGAGAAGCUAUGGGUUCCUGCAUCAUUUGUAUUUGCCUCAGCUUUAUAGCCACACAUGCAUGCCAAACUUGAGGGUCAGGGUUUGACAAAAGGGCAAGCUGGAUAAACAAGGACUGAGCCUGACUGUCUGAACAAAUAACAAGCAUGGCUAUGGAUGCCAUGUGCUGAAAUGCUCUCCCUCCCCCUCCCGUAAAGCUCAGAGCUCAAGGCGAGAGAUGAUCCAGCAGCCAAGAACACAGAAAGCGAGGGGAAUGAGUUUUUCUCCCUGUAAACAUUUCAUAUGUAAUUAAAUGAAAUUGUAAAUAGUAUUUGUAAAAACAUGAAAUUAUAUAUUUGUAUUUAUAGAAAGUAAAUACUUUUUCUUAUCUGCCAGUGUACCUGCUUUACUCACUUUACUCACUGUAAGAAUGCCACAUAUCGUAAAUGUAGAUGUGCUCCUUUUUUUAUUCAUUGCUGGUUAUGAAUUACGUUGUUUUUUAUGGAUUAAAAGAACAUUUCAAGAAGCUUUUUCGGUUUAGCCCACUGUACUGUCACUCCUUUUAACAAGAAACAUGUGCUAAGACUUACUCCAAAUCAAAUACUCCAUUUUAAAUGCUUAGUUUAAGGGGAAAAGAUGAAUUGAGUGUUUUUCUUAACUCCCUCCCUUUCUUAUGUUCAGAGUUCUGUAGUAACUAAAUAGUAUCUUGAGAACAAGUUACUUUCUUUUACACAAAAGAAUCAGUCACGUUGUUUUCUCAGGGCUCAUGUCACACCUGAACAUCUGUUGCUGACUGGCAGCCAACAGUAAAAGAGAUUAUUGGAAUUCUUAUUGGAAAAUUAGCUCCUUACACAAGACUACAGCCCUCCGGGAAACACAAGGAGUGAGUUUACACUGAGACAAUUAAACACACCUCUCCUGUUAAUCAUCCAAAUUGUCGAUAUAGCCUGAUAUAUUUCACAUCUACAUGUUUUGUGACUGAGAAACCGGUGCCAACCUGUGGGAAUGCCUCCUCACACAUGUACACUAACGUCGCCCUCAAGUGCCAAACAAAACAAGAAACAUUCUCUAGCCUGUUGUUGGAGGAGGGUUAGUUUGAAUCAACAAGAAUCAUCUGGCGAGUGAAGUCUGUGCUGUUGCAUAGGUGUGAAAAUGUCCCCACCGGUCUGUCAUGGCAAAGUGAAAACACGGGUGUUCAGGUUUGCUGUGGUGUUACUGCUCUGGAGCCACUGUUGCUCCGUGCCAAGUUGGAAUCCCCCAAGCCAUGCAAGGCUGAAACAGAACCUUCUCUGCGGUGAUGUCAUGAAGUAGAUGGGUGUGUUGGAGAAAACUGAUCCUCUUGCCUCAGAGCUGAGGCUUUGGGCUAGAAGCAGGCGUUUGAGAGUUGCACGCACAUAAAGCU